ACAGAGUGCGACUUUAAGGGCACACGGUCGCACUCGGCGUCAAAGAAGUCUUGGGGAUUCAGGACCAGGACCGAGCCUUGACGCUGCGCCGUUUCACCGAGCGUACACCGAUCAAUAGGCGCGCGAUAGGAAUCAACUGGGACCGUCGACCCAGAAGAGCCCAUUCCCACACCGCCGGUCGUUGCUGACAUCCUGGGACGUCGUCGAGUCGCUCCCAGCAGGUCAAGCAUACGCUUUCCUGUGUUAUGUCGUCGCCCAAUCCCAGGAAACGACCUGCUACAGGUGCGCCUCCCAUGGCUCCGCUGCCCCAGAUGCCCCAGUCGUACUCGCCCGUGCAGACGGACCCCAUGUUUAGGUGGAAUGGCGUCGAUACGAACGGCUUUGUCGACGCCGGAACCCCCGGAAUGAACUCCUUCUCGAUGUUACCGACUUCGACCCCUUAUGGACAGGCAAUCUCGGCGCCCUCGAACGUACUCGCCAGACGGCAAAACAGCAGGGCCCUGGUCCCAACCACUCCAAGGGCCCCUUUCGACCGCGGCGCUGACGGCUGGAACGGAUUCGGUGACGAUUCCUCCUAUCUUCAAGCAGCCAACUCGAGCGUGGACGAACACGACAACAUUGAACGGCUUGAGGAGCUGGCUCAAAGAGCGAAGAGGGAGGCACAGGCUAAGAGGAAGCAGAUCCCCCCCUUCGUUCAGAAACUCAGCAGCUUUUUGGACGAAUCAAGAAACACUGACUUGAUCCGCUGGUCUGACAAGGGGGAUUCAUUUAUUGUUCUCGAUGAGGAUGAAUUUGCCAAGACAUUGAUCCCCGAACUGUUCAAACACAAUAACUAUGCCUCGUUCGUGCGCCAGCUGAACAUGUAUGGCUUCCAUAAGCGGGUGGGGCUCUCCGACAACUCCAUGAAGGCCAGUGAAAGAAAGAACAAGAGCCCAAGCGAAUACUACAACCCUUACUUUCGCCGCGGACAUCCCAACCUGCUGUGGCUGAUCAACAAACCUAAAAGUGGGAACAGCAAGAAGAAGGGGAAAAAGGAUGAAGUCGACGUCGAGAGUGAGGAAGAAGGGGUGGAGGAAACGUACAGCUCCCAAAACCUCACGGCUCCCCAGGCUGCCAGAGGGGCUGUUUCCCACGAAAUCGGCCCUCUGCAGAAGAAGGACCUAUUGCAGGUCAAGACCCAGAUUGAGAGGAUUCAGCAGCAGCAGGUUGCUAUUUCCAACAUGCUCACCAAGAUGCGCCAGGACCAGAACCAGCUUUACCAGCAAGCCCUCCUCUUCCAGAGCAUGCACGAGCGUCAUGAGAACUCGAUCAACGCCAUACUCAACUUCCUGGCCAACGUGUUUAGGAAGUCGUUGGAAGAACAGGGCGGAACGCAGGCGGUUCAGGACCUCCUGGCAAGCAUCAUACCAAAUACCCAGGGGCACGGCCAAAGCCAAAUCUCGCCGGGCAGUGGAGUUGUCGAUCUUGGUGGGUUCGUCAACCAGCGGCCCCAGAACGUUAACACGGUGGGCACCCCCAAGAGACAGCAACGUCUCCUGCCUCCAAUCCCACUCCAUCAGGCGAACAAAGCUGGCAGUGUAUCGACGACCGGCGCCACCCCGCCGGCGCCACAAGCGCCACACCAAGCACCCCAGAUGGGAACAGUCACCGAACUCUUCGACACGUCUCCUUCGGACACAGCUUCUCAGUCUUACAUCAAGAAUGAGCUCCGGAGCAAUCCUCAGGAGGGCAUGAUGAAGAUCAUUCAAGAUACCAACGCCGUCAACAACACCUCUGGAUUCGACCUGCCGGACGUGGCCGCCAAAACCCCGGCAAGCAUGAGCGACGACCAGCGGGCGCAAAUGCUCAACAUCAUGGCGGGGAACAGCACCGUCUCUGCCACAACGACCAGCGGCAUCCCGGCCGUGACUCCAACCGCGCCCGCAACCACACCCGCGACCGUGACCGUGACCGCGACCGCGCCCGCGCCCGCACCCGCACCCGCACCCGCACCCGCACCCGCACCCGCACCCACGCCUGCACCGGCCGCCCCAUCAAGCAGCGCGCCCGCCCCAUCUGCUGGCCUAGCUCUGUCCCCAAGCCUGUCUUCCAUCCAGAUGCCGUCGCUCCAGGAAAUCCAGAGCACCCAAGCCGAGCUCGAAGCUCUGCAGCGCCUCCAGGCGGAGCAGGCCGACCAGAUCGAUGCCCUUACAAAUCUGCUCGGCCCGCUCAGCCCAUCGGGCCGCAUCCCGGGCCUCGAUGACGAGGGGAAUCCCAACGCGAACUACUUUGACAGUGUUGACUACGACCAGUUCCUGCACAACAGCGCGUUCUCCGACCCCAACUUCGAGGCGGGCGGACUGGACGGCGUAGGCUUGGCCGGCGGCGCCGCAGACGGCGCGGAUUUCAAUUUCAGUCUGGAUGGGAGUAACAGCGCUGCCGCGGGCACGGGAGACUAUGCGCCCGGAGCCGCUGGCGGCAGCACCACCGGCAACGGUACUCAGGUCACUAGGGAGAAGGCGGGCGGUAGUGGUGGUGCUGGCGGUGCUGGUGUUGGUAGCAAUGGGCGGCCGUUCGAGACGAACUCGAUGAAAGAUACUCCCAGCCCAGCAGGCACCGAGGAAAUUGCUAGGGCGGAGUUUGAGAGCCCCGAGCGGGGCACCAAGCGCCGGAGGAAAGGCUAGGUGCCCCUCCAAUGUCCCUGGAACGACGCUUGGCAACUGUUUCAGUGAGCUACUCGAACCCCAUGGCUGGUGAUUGGCCGAGAGAGAGAGAUGGUGAUGGGUAGGAUUGAGUUCCUCUUGUCCUCCCAUGCCGUCUCGUGGCUGAUCAUCUGGUCUCCUGGUUACGACGGGUUGACGAUUUUCAAGGGAUGGAGUCGUUUGGACGAAGGAUUGGCGAGGCUUACUUCUUGGUGCACAAAUAGGUUUAGAUAUCCCCGUUCCUGUGUUGGCUGGGCGUUUGUCCUCUUCGUUUGCUUACUUAGGCUUGUGGCUGGAUCUGCCAAGUUUGGGGCCGGAAGUGUGUCCGGUGAGGUUACUCUGGUGCUAGCUAGCUAUUGGCGUGUUCUUCUCGUAGGUUUAGAGGAGGUUUCUAGUUCUUGUGUUCUUAAGAUAGGAGAAGAGCUGAAAGAGUCAUGACCUGAUGACAAAUUUGGUAAUAAAGGAGAGGAUGUAGAAAACAGCU